AGAAGAUGAGCGCUGUUACAAAAAAAUUGUGCAAUUAAAAGCAUAAUCAACUAGGAAAAAAAGCACCUCGUGGCUUCUUGAAAAAUCGCGGUUCUGUGCUUGUAAUAACAACAUUUAUUUCCUAAAUAACAGCUAACAUGGAGAAGCGGAGCAUCAAACUGUGCAUGCUGCUGAGCACUUUGGCUGCGUCGGUGCAAACUUACCAGCUCCGAGAGGCCACCGUGUAUUGGGACGUUGCCCAGAAAAGGGUGCUCCUCAAGGAGGGGGUGAUGGAGACCGAAGGGGGGGCCUACGGGUUCUUCAAUGACACCCUGCUGGUCUCGGGAUGGGGCGUCCUGGAGAUCUCUGCAGGUCACAGAGGAGGAAGUACGCAGGAGGACGAGACCACCUUCUUCCUGGCGGGGUACCUGGAGGGUUAUCUUACUGCUGGACAGAUGUUCAGUCAUUACUCCAACAUGUACCCUCAGCUCCUGACGGAUGAAAAGGUUUUGAAUCCUCUGAAAAGGUUCUUAAGCAAGCAGGACCAGUGGUCCAGAGAGGAGGUGAGGCUGCGGAGACACAGCGACCCCCUCUGGAAACAUCUAGGACUGAUCCUGGCUCAGUUGGAUGGUCUCCAGGCCGGAGCUGCACGGUGGGCCAAGAGCAAAAACAGAGAGCCUCUCUCGGCGUUCGCCCUGCAGUUUCUAAAUGGCGUUGGCGACCUCCUGGAUCUGGUCCCGGCUCUGAUGACUCGCUCCAACUCCUCCUCAGCGGCUGGCGCUCUCAGGAUGCCGGGCAUGGGCCACUGCACGGCUCUGAUCAAGGUGCUGCCGGGCUUUGAGAACCUGCUGUUCGGACACUCCAGCUGGUACACGUACGCAGCCACCAUGCGUAUCUACAAACACUGGGACUUCAGGGUGUCCGACACACCCACUGCCACUGGGAAGAUGUCCUUCAGCAGCUACCCUGGCUUCCUGAUGUCUCUGGAUGAUUUCUACCUGCUGGGCAGUGGCCUGCUGAUGACCCAGACCUCCAUCGGGCUCUUCAACACCUCCCUGUUCUCUCUGCUCGGCCCUCACAGCCUGCUGGCCUGGCAGAGGGUCCGGCUGGCGAACAGCCUGGCUCACAGCGGAGAGGAGUGGGCACAGACCUUCUCCAAAUACAACUCAGGUACGUAUAACAGUCAAUACAUGGUGGUGGACCUGAACCAGGUCUCUCUGGGUCGCAGAAUAAAGGACGGAGCGCUGACUGUGGUGGAGCAGAUUCCCGGGAAGGUGAUGUACUCGGAUCAGACUCAAGCUUUACGUAGAGGUUAUUGGCCGUCCUACAACAUACCUUUCCAUGUGGAAAUCUACAACCUGAGUGGGUACAGUGCGAUGUGGAAGAGAUACGGAGAGGACUUUUCUUACGACCUCUGCCCUCGAGCUAAAAUCCUCCGCAGGGACCAGGCCAAGGUGUUUGACGUCAGCUCCCUCAAACACAUCAUGAGAUACAACAACUACAAGAGGGACCCUUACUCCAAAGGCCAUCCGUGUAAAACCAUCUGCUGCCGCAACGACCUGAGACCACGGAGACCCCGUCCUGGAGGAUGCUACGACACAAAGGUUACGGACUACCAGAUGGCAGUCCAGCUGGCGGCUGAGGCAGUAAACGGACCCACGACGCAGGGCGGUUUGCGCCCGUUCUCAUGGCAAUCCUUCAACCUCACCUCCCAUCGUGGCCUCCCACACACCUACGACUUCCCCUUCGUCACUAUGAGACCCACACUGUAGCAUCCCUGAGAGCUCAGAGACAGCAAUACCACCAAUCCAAGAGUUUGUCAUGGUAGUGUGGAGCAGAAAUGUGCAACGUGUUCAAAGGGUUGUGCAGGAUUUACAAUGAUAAAAAGAACAACAUAUAGUGGGGUGGAUAAUAGGUGCAGAGCACAAUAUGGGGGAGAUAUCCUGGUGCUAGAGAGCUGCAGGAAUGGGUCCUAGCCUUUAGCACUUAUGGCUGAUUAUUCUUUAUGUAUUUUGGGUUUAAAGCCUAAGAUAAGGUCUGUAACACAUGCUAGCUUCUGGGAUCUGACUACAACAAUAUGUCACCUCUGCAGAGCUUCAUUUAGUCUAAAGCCAUAAGAGUCCCAGUAAAUACAACUAACAACAAUUGGAACUGAGUCGUUGAGAUUACAUAUAUGGC